UUAAUGGUGUGCAAUGUUACAAAAUGCCAAGCUGUGAUUCCUAACUUUGCGUUUCUCCUGCAGAAGCAUCAUCAUGAGUGUACUGCCCCCUGUACGGAAAGACCGCGUCAUCAGCCAGCUUCCCAAGUGCUUCAGUAAAGGUGCUGCUUUGAACACAGAGGAUGAGUUCCACGGGAAGGUGAAGACGGCCUGUCAGCAGCAGAGGACAGGAACUGUGGGUAGGUUUAAGAUCUCAAAGGUCAUUGUAGUGGGUGAUCUGGCGGUGGGGAAAACCUGUCUAAUUAAUAGAUUUUGUAAAGAUGUCUUUGACAAAAAUUACAAGGCCACCAUUGGUGUGGACUUUGAAAUGGAGAGGUUUGAAGUUCUUGGGGUCCCUUUCAGCUUACAACUGUGGGACACUGCAGGACAGGAGAGAUUUAAAUGCAUUGCCUCUACAUACUACAGAGGAGCUCAGGCUGUAAUCAUUGUGUUUGAUUUGACUGAUGUGGCUUCACUGGAGCAUACGAGGCAAUGGCUGGAGGACGCAAUGAAAGAGAAUGAUCCUACCAGUGUAUUACUCUUCUUAGUAGGCACAAAGAAAGAUCUGAGUUCUCCUGCACAGUAUACACUAAUUGAGCAGGAUGCCAUUAAAAUGGCAGAUCAGAUGAAAGCAGAGUAUUGGGCUGUGUCCGCCUUGUCUGGGGAGAAUGUAAGAGAGUUUUUCUUCAGAGUGGCAUCUUUAACGUUUGAGGCAAAUGUUCUGGCAGAACUGGAGAAAACUGGAUCCAGACGUAUUGGGGAAGUUGUUCAAAUCAACAGCAACUCAAAUAACAUGUCUGCAACUUCCAAGAGGAAACAGACCAACUGUUGUCAGUAAAGACAGCAAACAUUUGCACCAACAUACCAAAGCAAACAUACACACAAAUGUACAUAAACAUACAUUGGUAGAAUCUAUAAGAUAAGAAAAGUUGGAUGGACAGUAUUCCAACUAUGUGACUGUGCACAGAGCAGCAUGGUUUGUUAUUCAUAGGGUGAAACUGAAUAUCUGCUGGAUGAAAGAAAACAUUCCUCUGUUGGAAAACUUGUGGUUUGCAUUUUUUCUGGCAAAGCAGUAUUCGGUUUUCCCACAAGAUUUAUGCUCAGUAAUAAGUGAUUAUUC